GGCGGGGGGAGGCGCGAGUUGCAUGAUGGGACGGGCCGCAAGAUGGCGGAUUUUGACGAGUUGAGGAAUAUGGUUUCGAGUUUUCGGGUCUCGGAACUUCAGGUGCUGUUGGGAUUUGCUGGACGUAACAAGAGCGGGCGCAAACAUGAACUCCUGGUGCGAGCUCUGCACUUGCUAAAGAGUGGGUGCAGCCCGGCCGUUCAGAUCAAGAUCAAGGAACUGUACAGGCGGCGAUUCCCCAGGACUAUUGAAAGCCUCGCCGAUUUAUCGGCCCUCAAGUCUCCAGCCUUCCCCCUGGACACUACCCCACCAGCAGACUCGGAGUCGGGCUCUGGCACUGCCCUCUCCUCGGCCUCUACCUCGGCCGCCUCCCAGCCCUCCUCGCCCCUGGUCAGCCCCCUCGUGCUGCACGACACCAAACCCAGUGUGGAAAUGCAGGAGGCGUCCACCUCCAUACACCCUGUCCAUCCGGACGUCCAGUUGAAGAGCAUCCCUUUCUAUGACGUCCUGGAUGUGCUCAUUAAACCUACUAGUCUCGUGCCAUCAAACAUUCAGCGGUUCCAGGAAAAGUAUUUCAUCUUUGCGUUGACUCCCCAACAAGUCAAAGCGAUCUGCAUUUCCAGGGACUUCCUGCCGGGUGGCAGACGAGACUACAUUGUGCAGGUGCAGCUAAGGUUCUGUCUGGCGGAGACCAGUUGUCCACAGGAAGAUAACUACCCCAACAACUUGUGUAUAAAAGUGAACGGGAAACUUUAUCCAUUGCCAGGCUUCACGCCACCACUUAAGAACGGUGUUGAACAGAAGCGACCCGGGCGGCCGCUGAACAUCACAUCUCAGGUCCGUCUUUCCUCAGCUGUCCCCAACCAGAUCUCUGUGUCCUGGGCCCCGGAAAUGGGCAGAAAUUACUCGGUCUCCGUGUACCUGGUGAAGCAGCUGACGUCGGCCGUGCUACUCCAGAGGCUGCGGAACAAGGGGAUCAGGAACCCCGACCACUCCAGAGCCCUGAUUAAAGAGAAGCUGACGGCUGAUCCCGACAGUGAGAUUGCUACCACCAGCCUGCGGGUGUCCCUCAUGUGCCCUCUGGGGAAGAUGCGGCUGACAGUGCCGUGUCGAGCUGUGACCUGCACGCACCUGCAGUGCUUCGAUGCCGCUCUCUACCUGCAGAUGAAUGAAAAGAAGCCCACGUGGAUCUGCCCGGUGUGUGACAAGAAGGCCACGUACGAAAGUUUAAUAAUAGACGGGUGA